GAGCAUGCUGUAAAACUUCCCAAGCAUAUGAUCAUUGUAAAGAAAAAUAGUUUACACAGUCGGCUUGUAAUUGGAGCUUAUCCUUAAACGCAUAUAGCUUCCAGGAGUUAAUUGAGUUAAAAUGGGGAAGAAACGCACAUAUGACGAUGAUGAUGACGAUGGUGGUGAUGUUGAAGACGAACUGGAAGACGAUGAUGCAGCAGCUGGCGUUGAGGACAGCGACGAUGGAGCGGGCAGCGACGGCGAGGGGCCAAGCAAAAGGAGAAAGCGCAGAGCAUCGGCGUUUAUAGAUGAGGCUGCUGAGGAGGACGAUGAAGAGGAGGAAGAUGAAGGCGAUAAACACAAGAGGAAGCGCUCUGUGUUUAUUGACGAUAUUGCCGAUGUGGACGACGAGGAUGAAGAGGAGGAAGCCGAGACGCGGAGGACCUGAUCGAUGACCGCGACAUUGCGGACAUAGCGGAUGCAGCUGCAGGGCCCAUCUACCCCCGCAACUUCCCUGGAGGUGACAAGGAGGAUGAGGCGGAGGACAUUGUACGGCGCAUCGAGGAGCGCUACCGGGACUACCGGGGCGACGACAUCCCCGACACCGCGGACACCGGCGUGGUGGGGCAGCAGGGGCUGCUGCCCACCCCCAACGACCCCAAGCUCUGGCUGGUGACCUGCAAGGCGGGCCACGAGCGCGAGGCGGUGGUGCAGCUGCUGCAGAAGGCCUACACGCUGGCGGAGCGCAAGCAGCCGCUGCGCAUCCUGUCCGCGGUGGCGCUGGACCACCUGCCGGGUUUCAUCUACGUGGAGGCGGCCAAGGAGAGCCACGUGAUGGAUGCCAUCCGCGGCCUGCGCACCGUGUACGUGGGCAAGGGCGCCAAGCUGGUGCCGCUGAAUGAGAUGGUGGACGCGGUGACGGUCAACAAGAAGGCGAAGGACGACCUGGCUCGCGACACGUGGGUUCGGCUUCGCGGCGGGUUGUACAAGGACGACCUGGCUCGGGUGGUGGACGUGGACCCGGUGGCGGGGCGCGCCACCAUCAAGCUGCUGCACCGCCUGGACUUUGCAGCCAUGGCAAACAGGACUGAGGAGCAGCGCAAGAAGAACCCCUUUGGCCGGGCUCCCACAGUGCGCCCCGUGUCCAAGGUGUUUAACCCGGAGGAGGCCAGGGUGGCGGGUCUGCUGGUUCAGCGGCUGCCCGCGCAGGACGGCAUGCCCUCCUACCAGGUGCUCUCGCACACCUUUGUGGGCGGCUACCUGCUGAGGAGGGUCGGAAUCAAGACCCUGACGGUCCUCGACACGUUGCCGGGUCUCGAGGAGGUGGCUCGCUUCAACGCCGCCGCCUCCUCCGGGGAUGACGACGCACCCGCCACCGACCUCUCCUCCCUCAUGGCCACCCUGCCCACCGACGGCACCGCGGCAAGCAAGGGCACGUUCAUGAAGGGGGACAAGGUCCGUAUCGUGAAGGGCGACCUGGAGAACCUGACGGCUCGUGUGACGGGCGCCUCCGCGGACGGCAGCAAGGUGACGGCCAUCCCCGACAUCAGCGGGUUCGCGGAGGAGGUGGAGUUUGAUGUGGACGAGCUGGCCAAGGUCUUCAAGGUGGGUCAGCGCGUGCGGGUGCUGGCGGGGCAGUACGGCGGUGACACGGGCAUGGUGGUGCGGGUGGACGAGGCGCUGUGCUUCCUCAUCUCGGACACCACGCGGGAGGAGAUCAAGGUGUUUGCAAGGGACCUCACCGAGAGCGAGGUGGUUGCCUCGGGCAUCGAGAUGCUGGGCGAGUACGUGCUGCACGACCUGGUGCAGCUCAACCAGAGCACCGCGGGAGUGGUGGUCAAGAUUGAGAAGGACGCGGCAAGGGUUCUCACCAACAACGGCACCCCCGACCAGCCCGACGUGCGGCUCUGCCGGCUGACGGACAUCCAGCGCAAGGUCACCUUCAAGCAGAAGCCCGUCACCCAGGACCAAGCAGGAAACCAGGUGCGCGAAAAGGACUACGUGGUCAUCCAAACGGGCCGCAUGAAGGGCCGCGGAGGCAGCGUGGCCUACAUCUGGCACGGCACGCUGUUCCUGCACUGCAAAGACGUCACGGAGAACGGCGGCUACGUCGCCGUACGCUCCUUCUCAACCCGCAUCCGAGGCGCGUCUGGCGGCUCAGCCGCUGCUGGGUCCUUUAACUCGGCCCGCGCAAGUGCGAUCCUCGGCGGCGGCGGCGGCAGCAUCCGCAGCACGCCGGGUAGCGUCGGGCCGUCGCCUGGCGGAGGCGGAGGAGCGUACGGCAGCUCCAGCGGCGGCUUCCGAUAUACGCCGGCGUCGCCGCGGCCGGACGAUCCCUCCAACGGCAUGGGAGGCGGCGGGGGUGGAGGCAUGGGCGGGGGUGGUAUCGGCGCGGAUGGGAAGUUCCAAAUGGCACUACCCCAGCGCGGCGGCAUGAUGGGCGGGCCGCAGGCAGGGCGAGGAGGGUACGGCGGCGGUGGCGGCGGCGGCGCGGGAUCCUUUAGCGGCCGUUCUUACAACGCGCAGGCUCAGUCGCAGUACGUGGGCAAGGUGGUUCGCGUCAUCAAGGGGCCCUAUAACGGCUACCGAGGUCGCGUAAAGCAGCAGACCGUCACGCACGUCAAGCUGGAGCUGGAUGCGGUGGCGCCCAUGGGGCGUCCUGGGGACGGAAGGUACCCGCCCCAGACGCCGGCACACCCGGGCAGCCAGACGCCCGCACACUACUCCAUGACACCCGCACACCCCUCCAUGACGCCCGCACACGCGCCGUACACCCCAGCCCAUGCGCCGUACACACCCGCCUACAACACCAGCGGCGAAAACGACGACUACUACGGAGACGGCGACGCGCGACACCCACCCAUGACGGCUCCCACGCCCGGUUACGGAGCCACGGCUCACACGCCGCAGCAACACGCCAUGACUCCGGCGCUCACACCGCAGGGCUUCACGCCGCAGGAGGCCAUGCACGCCCCCACGCCGGGCCACCACCACAUGCACCAUGGAGUGGCAGGCACACCCAACCUGGCACCCACCCCCGGCCUGGCUCGCACCCCCUACCUUGCCGCCCCUACCCCUGGAGUGGACGCCGCGCCCACCCCCGGCGGCGCGCACUACGAGACCGGCUACACGCCCGGCAGCAACGCGCCUACCGGCACCCCCGGCCUCACCGCGCCCACCCCCGGCAUGCCGUCCGCCUACACGCCCGCCUUCACACCGGCAGGGCACAUCUACACGCCGGGGACACCCGGCAUGGGCGGCAUGGGUGGCAUGGGCGCCGGCGACAUGGGUCCCCCAGCUGCCGCGGGUGUGGUGGAGGACUUCAGCACCUGGGUGGGCAUCCUGGUGGCGCUGCCGCCGGGCGAGCGACACGGGGUGGUGCGUGCGGCGCAUGCGGACGGCGGCUGCAGCGUGCAGCCGGGGGCCUACUCGCCGGAGGGGGACUUUGUGCCGGAUGCCGGUGCCCCGCUGGAGACGCACGACGCGCGCAGCCUGACGGUGGUACGCCCCUCCAAGCGCGACAAGGUCAGGGUCAUCCAGGCGGAGACGCAGGACAUGCUGGGCAUCACGGGCACCCUCAUCGGCAUCGACAACGCGGAUGGCAUCGUGAAGUGCGAUGUGAGCUGCGAGAUGAAGAUUCUGGACAUGAUGUUCCUGGCCAAGUUUGUGGGAUGAGUGGUGGGAGGCGGUGGUGGAGGAGUGGGUAGGAGUGAUGCAGCGGAUGUGUUGUCUGGAGGGGGGACAGCCGGUUGCGGGUUGUGCGAGGGCAUGCUGCCGGCUGAGGUGGGACGAACAUAUGCAGGCACCGUAGCGGGUGGUGGGUGGUUGGACUUGUGUUUGUAGCAUGACGCGGUACGGCUCAGAAGUGUAGGGUUGGAGAGAGGGGGUAGUGGAGGCUUGACAGCGGUGUGUGGGCUGCCGGAUGGAAGCGAGCAGUAAGGGGGCAGGGUUGGUCGAAGGUCAUGGUUGCCCAUGGAAACGGGACUAGGUGGGUAGCGAACAUGGUGGUUACGGACCGUUGAGUUUCCGGUCUUACCUGGCGGUGUUUACAUGAUUAAGGACUGACAGGAUCUUACCGCGAUAGUGCACAGCCGCAGGGUUUUCACAUACUUCGUGGGGAUUAGGCGCCCGUUAUUAGGUCUUAAGCUUUUUCGCUGCCGUUCCAUUGAGGGCUGGCAAUUGGAUAUAGCUUCACAACGUAGAUCUUUGGGCGUAGCAGGGCGCAGUUGCAAUGGUUGCAAGCAGUUGCAAUGUGGGUCUUUUGGAACAGCUGUUGCAGGCAUAUCCGAGGGGAGACCAUGGUCCAUAUUUCUGCAAUCCUCUUUGUGCCUGCUGUGUACCUUGAUUCGAAGCGACGUUUAUAGGCCCAAAUCACGACACAUGGCUUCCUAACCGGGACUUUACUGGUCACAUACCGCACUGGCGGUUUGGACCACAUGCUUUGAUUAAUGUGUCGACGGGAAGUUGAUUAAUAGGGGUUGCGCAUGGGAACGCCGGUCAGUGUUUUUCGGCAAGCAUACGGAUGUCUUUCUGUCCUUUGGCACAAUGCCGCCUUUAGCUACCUUAUGCAGCCUACUGCUUUACCAACCCCAGCUGUCGGUGACGAGGAUGUAUGGGAAUAGAAGUUUUCCGGGUUGGAUGGAUGGACGAGCGAAUGGGCCUUUGCAACGAGCUGUUAUGCAAAUAGCGCUUGAUACAGUAGAACAUGUCGAGGGUAUAUCACACAUUGCAGGUAGCACGCCGAUGCAACCAAGUGAUCUAGGCUUAUCGCAACACCAUGACACGACUUGCGUUUGCGCGCAGCAACGAGACAUGUUCGCCAAUCGCCUACGCUCUUGUUGUAACCAAAGGACGACUUG